AUGAAUUUGGCACGAUCGACCUGGUCCCUCGGGAGGCGGUGGAAGCGUGGAUCAAGCAUUUGCCGCUUGACCAUGCUUGACCCAUGGACCCCUGGUUCGCCAAGAGGAGCAACGUUCCCAUCCUGCCAUCGCCUUCAAAGCAUGCCAUGGUGGGGCCCAAAGGGCAACCCACGCCAUGACCAGUGCCAGUGGUGCGUCAGAUGGUUUGCUGCGCAGCACUCAUGCAGUGGUUGGUGCAGAAGAUUUGAUGCAGCUGCUGAAGAACUACUCGAGACAACAUGGUACCCAGAUGAAGGGGCACAUUUCCGUUGGCGUCGUGGGCUAUCCAAACACCGGCAAGAGCUCCGUGAUCAACUCGAUGAAACGACACUCAGCCGUGGAGACAGGUGGCCGCGCUGGGGUGACCAAAGUGGCCCAGGAGGUUCAACUGGACUCCAAG